AUGAGCGACAUUAAGAACGUGUGUUAUAUGCAGAUGCCGUACGACGAUAACGAAACAUUGGUUAAAGAUUUGCAGUGCAACAAAGAACUUGUAGAAACGGACAACCAACAAAAAGACUUCAUUGAGACACAAGAUAUGCGUGGAAAUAUGGCCGACCCCCUACAGCGAGAAGGCCUACUUUCUACUAGUCAACCUGGUGAUGUGCUACCUCCUGCCACUGACACUCAUCUCCAUCUGCUACUUCCGCAUCUGGCGCCGGGUAUGCUGCCGGGAAAUGCCCGAUAUAGUGUGGGUGGUGGGAAAGGAUACAUGUUGAUGAUGCUUCCAUUUGAUGAUUAUGACGAUGAUGAUUAUAAUGAUGAUGAUGAUGAUGAUAAUACUGCUUCUGAUGAUGUUGAUAAUGACGAUGACAAUGAGGAAGAUGAGGAUGGGAAACGAAGAGGUAAACCGAGAAGGAAUAGGACGACGUUCAGCAGUGCACAACUGAGUGCACUGGAAAGAGUUUUCGAACGAACACAUUAUCCUGACGCCUUCGUCAGAGAAGAGUUGGCAAGGAGGGUCGGCCUCAGUGAGGCCAGAGUUCAGGUUUGGUUUCAGAACCGGAGAGCAAAGUUCAGGAGAAAUGAGAGGACUCUGCUCACUCAGAGAGGAUCCACCGUGAGAAGUAAUGUAGACUCCUCAACACUGUCAGAAACACCCCUAGCUCCCCGAACAGCAGCACCCCAUCUCACAACAAGUCCUGCCUACACAAACGGCGAUUUCUUCAGAUCAGCAGCUUGGAAGGCAUCACCGCAAUUUGCUCUCCUUCCACCCCCACCCACAACUGGAUCAACAUGUGCUUUCAUGGCAUCAGGUCUACCAACCGCAACAUACAACUCUGUGGCCACAUCCUUGACGCAUUCUCUCCACGAUGCAUGCAGUAUGACCAACAGCAUUGCCAGUCUCCGUUUAAGAGCUCACGAGUACGCUUACCAUUCAACGCACUUCUGAUUUUUUCUGAAAUUAAAAUUAUAUUCAUCAACAAGAAAUAUUCAUCAACUUUAAUUCAACCAUUUUUGUAGGUUGUUAGUCAAUCUAAGGUAUCAAUAAAAUUGUGACUUGAUUCGAUUCAAUUCAAGGUUCCAUACCAGAGUUUUAAAUGAAUUUUCUAAAAACGUAAUCUUCAGGACUAAAGGAACUACGGUACCAAUUAUCUCUCACUGUUCAUGGAGUAAUAUCCAAAGAUUAAUGAUGCCUUAACAAAAUUGUACAGCUAUUUAAUUUUUUAUUAGACCUAAUAAAAAUAUUUCCAUCGAAA